AUGUCCACUAUAACAGCCCAGCCUUUACCCUAUGGCUUGGAAAGAGAAAAACACAUUGAGAUGCUAUUCAGAGCUUUCCACCGCCGAUGGAGGUCCUCUACUGACCCUCAGGAACUCACUUCUGCUCCAGCACCAGCACAAGGUCCCCUAUAUGGAGAUCUAUCGUCCACAUUUCACGCUGCAGAGACAUUACCGGCAGGUCUGGCUGCUCUGAGGACAGUCAACCAAAUGCACAUAACAUCUAUACCUGAGCUUCGGGGUCCCCAGUGCAUUUCCCGUAGGACGUACAGAGUUGCCACAGAAACCAGGCAGCUGUUUCUGGCUGUAGAAGAAAGCUCAUGUAUUUGUAUGCAGUGCUGUGGUCCGGCUCGCGCCUGCUCUUUGCAAGGCUUUGACCAGGACCGGCAGAAGAUUUUCCAAUUUGAAAGACCACUUAGAACAGACAUGUGCUGCCUGGGCUGCUGCCUGAUGGAGAUGAGGGCUUACACGGCCCAGAGGGAGCUCAUUGGGACUGUCCACCAGAGGUGGAGUAUGUUCACACCCUACUUUGAAGUGUGUGACUCUGCAGACUCUCCCUUCCUGAGGAUACAAGGCUCCUGCUGUCCGAUCCGUUGCCUCUCCGACCAAGAGUUUCAGGUUGUCUCCAUGAUCGGUGAGCGCAUUGGAACAGUAUGGAAAAAAUGGCCAGGUUACAAUGAAGCCUUCAACAUGGACCAUGAACAUUUUGGGUUGGAUGUUUCUCAGAACAUGAACGUGAAUACUAAAGUGCUGCUUCUAGCAGGAACAUUUCUCCUGAAUCAUAUGUUUUUUGAAAUGAGCUGA